GACAGAUUCUCGGUGGCGGCGGCGGCGGCGGCGGCGGCGGCCCUUUACUGCGGGGAAUGGGAGCCCUAGCUCUCUGACUGAGCACCGCCCCGCCUCCCUGGCCCCCGACAUGGCUCAGGAAAAGAUGGAGCUAGACCUGGAGCUGCCUCCGGGUACGGGCGGGAGUCCGGCGGAGGGCGGCGGCAGUGGCGGCGGCGGGGGCCUCAGGAGGUCUAAUAGCGCCCCCCUGAUCCACGGCCUCAGUGACACUUCGCCGGUGUUCCAGGCCGAGGCGCCGAGCGCCAGGCGGAACAGCACAACGUUCCCGAACCGCCAUGGCCUGCUGCUACCGGCCUCCCCCGUCCGCAUGCACAGCAGCCGCUUGCACCAGAUCAAACAGGAGGAAGGCAUGGACUUGAUCAACCGAGAGACCGUCCACGAGCGCGAGGUGCAGAACGCAAUGCAGAUAAGCCACUCCUGGGAGGAAAGUUUCAGCCUGAGUGACAACGAUGUGGAGAAAUCCGCCUCCCCGAAGCGCAUCGAUUUCAUUCCGGUGUCACCAGCACCAUCUCCCACCCGGGGAAUUGGGAAGCAGUGUUUUUCACCAUCCUUGCAAAGUUUUGUGAGUAGCAAUGGAUUGCCUCCAAGCCCCAUUCCCAGCCCAACGACCCGAUUUACUACUCGAAGAAGCCAGAGUCCUAUUAAUUGCAUUAGACCAAGUGUUCUUGGACCAUUGAAAAGAAAAUGUGAAAUGGAAACUGAGUAUCAGCCAAAGAGAUUUUUCCAGGGCAUCACCAACAUGCUUUCUUCUGACGUUGCACAGCUGUCAGAUCCUGGUGUGUGUGUAUCUUCGGAUACCCUUGAUGGAAACAGCAGCAGUACUGGAUCUUCCUGUAACUCACCAGCGAAAGUCAGCACUACCACCGACUCUCCGGUGUCACCUGCCCAAGCGGCCUCUCCAUUUAUUCCAGUAGAUGAACUUUCAUCUAAGUGACUCACCCAUCCAUCCCCGAGACUCGGUUGUUUUGUUUUGUUUUGUUGCAAUGGAGAGAAAAAUCAAGUUGGAGCAAGCACUGAACUUUGUCGAUUAAUCUGAGGCUAUUUCCUAUUUGAUCCUUUUCCUUUUUUGGAAUUUCCUGAACUGUUGGUAUUCUAGAGAACUUUUAUGUCAGGUUCCUGCGGAUGCCCUUGAAUUCAGUGUAGUAAUAUUUUCAGACGUUUUCCCAAUAAGUGUGUUGAAGCAUACAUCUUUACGCUGCUAAUAUGUCUAAAUACAUAUGUUAUCCCUUGAUUUUUUAAAA